AUGGAGAGAAGCAGAAGUGGCUAUGAUGAGAAUGCAGCUUCUGGCGCCGCUAGCACGGCCCUGGAAAAGGGGGUGGGUAACUGGGAUCCGGCGGCAGAAUUGGUUUCCGACAGGCUUACAGAGGCUGCGCAAGGAGAGGGCAGAAUAGUAACUUCUGAUGUCUUUUUGAAUGAUGUGAAUGUUGAGUAUUUGAAUUUCAAAAAGGAUACGGUUGUACCAAAUUCAGAUAGUACCAAGGAAGGUGGAGUAGCAGAUUCUAAGGGGUGUGAGGUGGUUCAUGAGGGGGAGUCGGAGAAUACGGUUACGCAGGUUUGUGGAGGUGUGAGAGGAGAUCAUGUGGAAUGGGCUGGUACUUAUGGUAUGUAUGACGAGGCCCAUCAGGUGUGUUACAAGGCUGGGGCGUGUGUGGGUUAUUGUAGAGGGGUGGGCUGGUCUUCAGUUGGCCCAAUAGCAAAUCAGGGGGUAGAUGGGAGGUUGACUGUGUACGAAACACGCCUGCGAAGGGAGCCAGCUGUUGGGCUGGGCCAGGCUAGUCUACUGCAUGCAACGGUCCAUGGACCGCUCUCCAUUGGGGGCAAGGCCGGGUCGGGUAGUCUUAUGAUCCGGCAGGUCCCACGAGAUCUGGGUGAUGCGGCGCAAAUGGUAGGUUUGCGAGAGAGGCUGGGGUGCCAAGAGGAGGAGGAACUUGAGGAGGGAGAGGUGAGGCACACAGCUAGGGGCUCGUUGGAGGAUAGGAUCCAGGUUUUGGAAGAGAAGGUGGAGGGAGUAGGGCCGACUGAGGAGGCUGGUGUUGAGUUGGAUUGUGGCGGUGUAGCGCAUGAGGGGACGAGGGUGGGGGAAGCAAAUCGCCGGCAGAUACAAGGGGCGCAGCACGGUGGUGGUGAGACCGGUCUCCACGAUGAUGGUUCCCAAACGAGUCUAAGCCGAAAAACGAGGAAGGGUGAAACCUCAGAAGCUAAAGGCAACACAGAGGGAGACAUACUGGGGUUGAUUGAUUUGCCUCUUACGGAUAGGAAGUUUACAUGGUUUAGGGGGCGGUCCUGUAGUCGGAUUGAUAGAGUGAUGGUGACUAUUGAAUGGACUGAGCAGUUUCCGGAUAUUAGGAUAAAAGGUGGCCCAAGGGGGCUAUCCGAUCACUGUCCAUUGAUAUUGGACGGGACAAGAUUCGGAGGGGCACCUCGACCGUUCAGAAGUCUGGAUUCCUGGUUUACGCAUGAGGGGUUUCUGAGAAUGGUGAAGGAUGAAUGGCAAAGCCUCGGAGAAGCGCAGUUCACGUGCAAACUGAGGGCUUUAACAGAACCAUUGCGGAAAUGGCACAAGGAGAACUUCAGGGACAUGGAUAAGAGACUUAUGAGGUUUGAGGAGGAGCUUACCAGGCUAGACAAUUUAGUCAGUGAUGGAAUUUAUGAUGGUACAACAGAGGCUCGACGGAAGGCGCUUGUGAGCUUUUGUUCAAAAUGGUACAUUAGAAAGGAAUUGCACUGGAAACAGAUGUCUCGAUCUAAGCAUGCUGCAAACAUGGAUAAGAAUACCAGAUACUUUCAUAACAUUGCCUCAGCCAGAAGACGGAAUAACAGGAUCGACGCACUAAUGAUACAUGGAAGACUUGUGCGGAAUCAGGCGAGAAUAAAAGGUGCGAUUCGAGGUUUCUAUAAGGAGUUAUAUAGACAAGAAUAUGUUCCGAGGAUUGGAAUCAGGGAUGGCUUAGUAAAGUGUAUCCAUAGGGCUGAGGCUGAAGCUUUAGAAGCAAUGCCAACGGAGGAGGAAAUCAAGGAGGCUGUGUGGGACUGCGAAUCUUCCAAGGCCCCAGGGAGUGAUGGGUAUAACAUGAACUUCAUAAAGAAAUGCUGGGAGGACAUUGGGCGGGAUUUCAUUGCUGCGGUAUUGGGGUUCUUUCAAAGUGCGAAGAUGCCAACGGAUGCCAAUGUCACUUGGGUGACACUAGCUCCAAAGUUUGAAGGUGCAAAGGAGGUGAAGGAUUUUCGGCCAAUUAGUAUGGUGGGGUGUGUGUAUAAAGUGAUUUCGAAGGUGUUGGUGAGAAGAAUGCGAGCUGUGAUGCCGGGGUUGGUCGGAGAGACUCAGACUGCGUUUGUUAAGGGAAGGAAAAUUCAUGAUGGCGCCCUCAUAGCCUGCGAGACGGUUCAUUGGUUGAAGACCCGGAAAAAGACAGCAGCCAUUAUCAAACUGGAUUUUCAAAAGGCCUAUGACAGAGUGCGAUGGAGUUUUGUUGAUAUUGUGCUCCAGAAAAUGGGCUUUGGCCAAAGCUGGAGGAGUUGGGUGAAGGAGGGUGUUACUACGGCUACCAUGGCAGUCUUGGUGAAUGGGUCACCGUCUAAGCCAUUCAAGAUGGAGAGGGGACUAAGACAAGGGGACCCGCUCUCUCCACUGCUGUUCGUUUUAGUGGUUGAUGUUUUGCAUCGGAUGUUGGGGGAAGCUGUCAGGAACGGACGCAUUGCUCCACUGCUGGUAGGGGGAGAUCAUAUUGAACUGUCACACUUACAGUUUGCGGAUGACACUAUCUUGUUCUGCCCGCCGGAGACUGAAACAAUUGUUAACUAUAAGAGACUGUUGCGGUGCUUUGAGUUGAUGUCGGGGCUGAGCAUCAAUUUUGAAAAAUCGAAUCUGAUAUCGGUGAACUGUGAGCAAAGAUGGAUUGAUCAGGCAUGUGGAAUACUGGGAUGCCAGCAAGCUGCUCUACCGGUAAGAUACUUGGGAAUUUCUUUAGGUGCAAAUCCGCGGCUGGUAAAGACUUGGAAACCAAUCAUUGAUAAGGUGGAACAGAAGCUUAGCUUGUGGAAAGCGAAGGUGUUGAAUAAAUCAGGGAAGCUGGUCCUUAUCAAGUCGGUACUGAAUAGUCUUCCCAUAUAUUAUCUUAGUCUGUACAAGAUGCCGAAAGCUGUGGCGGACAAGCUGAUCACUCUACAACGGAACUUUAUGUGGUGUAAGGAGAAUGGUAACUCUGGUAUACCUAUGGUUAAGUGGGAGCUAGUACAGGCUCCAAAAAAGGUGGGGGGUUUGGGGGUUGGUGAUGCAAUGCUAAGGAACACAGCGCUCCUGUUUAAGUGGUGGUGGCGGUUUUCAAAGGAGGAUUGCCCGCUGUGGAAGAAGAUUGUUUGUUCGUGUAACAAGUUGAACCCGAAUGUAAUAUUGGCAACUCAGCCUUUACAAGUAAAAGGAGGGCCUUGGAGGGACAUCUGUCAGCUGAAUAUAAAAGAACCGCGGAUUCGGGAUAAAAUGGUAAGUGGACUGGCAAUGGAAAUAGGCAAUGGUAUGCAAACCCGAUUUUGGGAAGAUAACUGGAUUCAAGGGGGUGUUCUCAAAGGGAGUUAUCCGAGACUAUACUCUAUCUCAAGCCAGCAAGGACUUCUAAUUGGGGACUGUGGCUUUUGGGAUGGGCUUGAUUGGAUUUGGAAUUUCCAAUGGAGGAGGGAGUUGUUCCAAUGGGAGCUAGAACUUGUCAAUCAGCUGCAUGAGAGGUUAAGGCCAGUGAGGUUGUCAUCAGGUCGGGAGGACAGCGUGGUGUGGAAGUUUGACAAUAAAGGUGUUUUCUCUACUCGUUCUGUGAUACAGGCUAUACAAGCGGAGACUCUUUCGGCUGAAAUAACGAGUUAUAGUUUCACGAGCUCCGUUUGGAAAGGUUUUGUUCCUCCGAGGAUUGAGCUAUUUGGGUGGUUUGUGCUAGUUGAUCGAGUUAACACCAAGGAGCGGCUGGGUAAAAUAGGAGUCAACAUUCUGGGGGAUAGUUUGUGUGUAAUGUGUACUAAGGAAUUAGAAUCUGCUGAGCAUUUAUUCCUUAGGUGUGAGGUAGCUUGGCAGGUGUGGUGUAAGUGGUUGAGGUCACUAGGUAGAGAGUGGGUGAUCCCUGGAACCAUUAGGGAAAUGUUUGAAAGCUGGCAUGGCUUGCAUAAUAGACAACAAGGGCAGCAGAUGUGGAUGACAGUGUUCUUUGCAGUUAUUUGGAACAUCUGGUUGGAACGGAAUGCACGAAUCUUUAAGAAUACAAGAGCAAGCCUGGAGGUAAUUCACACAAAGACGGUGAUGAGCUAUACAGAAUGGCGUGGUGGUGAUUCUAGGGGAGGCUGUUGA